UAUGGGCCCUCCUUAUCUUUCGCUCCUGACAAGGAAGCUGAUGAUUGGCCAUUCUUCUAGGAACCCAUUUACACGCACAGCUCUGCUCGUGUCAUAGACGCUCCUCUUCUUUUAUGUUCCCAGGAUUCACAUAGAAUACAACCUUGCCAUCACCAAAGUUCCAAUCUUUAAGGUCUAUUUCUUGGAUUUCAGUCUCUUACCUAGAUAGCUGAUCUGGAGGUAGUCAAGGACCAAUAUGAGCCUAGCAUGUCUUGUGUGCCAUAGCGAAAGUCCAUCACACUCUUUUAGAAGCUACUCAGUCUCAAGUUCAGACAGUGAUGGAAGAUGCUCUACCAUUGGAAACUGCUUAACCAGAAAGUUAUCUCUUCCUCCUCCAAGAGGAAACUCUUCUACUGCAUCAACAUCCAAAGUGGCCCCACAACCAAAUAAUCCAAGUCAUAAUGAAAUGACCGGAACCCCACGACUAGUCCGGAGCCAUGCUGUGAGAAGAGAUCUUGUUAGAGACUGGAACUUUGAAGGGGUGAUGAUGGUGCUUUAGAUCCUUUGAGAAGUGAUGCAUUAUCCACUAGAGUGAUAGAAUUAGAUCUUUAAGUUGUCAUCUUUUCUCAUAUAAUUUAUAUUAUGGGUGCAAUUGAACCUACUUUUCCACUUUGAAGAGUUUGAGAAUUUGCACUCACUAAUUUUAGGAAAUUCAAUAAGAAGGUACAUAUUUCUUCUCUUCUUGUA